GGCAAAUGAUAACCCGGAAGCGGAAGUCACGAAGAGAAACGAAAAAACCCGGAGCCGGCUCUCAGCCCCAGCAGAGACCUAUGCUAGGGUCUCUUGGGGGGAGGGUUGAGGGCCGGUGUGUUUCCGGAUGCUGCCGCUCCCUCCCAGUUCACCAGAGGUGGGACUUCGCUGGCGCUACUGACCUCAGUCCAGGGUAAGAUGCUGGAACACCACAACAGACGAAGCUUUCAGUAGUUCAUUGCACCCUGCCCUAGAGAAGUCCAGUAAUGACGUGUUCCUAUGCUCUGUUUCUCCACUCUGGAAUUCGUGCAGUUCAUUUGAGAAACACUGACCCUCUGCUUAUUAUGACACAUCUUCAGUGAAGGUCUGAUGGACAGACCUUCUUUGGUGAUUUUGUGGGUUUUAUCUUUAUGUGGAAGGUGGAAGACAAAGUGAAAGGGGCCAAAAGCUACCUGCUUUGGUGAAUAACUUAGUUCUCAGAACAUGGGCCCUCGUUUAAAGCUGCAGCUGUGAUCCUCGGCUGUCUGUUGGUAUUGAAGGGACCUGAUGUUUUACGUUAUUGGUGGAAUCACAGUGUCUGUGGUUGCAUUCUUCUUCACAAUUAAGUUUCUCUUUGAGCUUGCUGCACGUGUAGUCAGCUUCCUUCAGAAUGAGGACCGUGAGCGCCGAGGGGACCGGAGUAUUUAUGACUACGUGCGGGGAAAUUACCUGGAUCCCCGGUCCUGCAAAGUCUCCUGGGAUUGGAAGGACCCCUAUGAGGUGGGCCACAGCAUGGCCUUCCGAGUGCAUUUAUUCUAUAAGAAUGGGCAACCUUUCCCUGCACAUCGGCCUGUGGGACUGAGAGUUCACAUCUCCCAUGUUGAGCUAGCAGUGGAAAUUCCAGUGACCCAGGAAGUCCUUCAGGAGCCCAAUUCUAAUGUCGUAAAGGUGGCCUUCACUGUGCGCCGAGCUGGGCGUUAUGAAAUUACAGUGAAGCUUGGUGGAUUAAAUGUGGCCUAUAGUCCUUACUAUAAAAUUUUUCAGCCUGGAAUGGUGGUUCCUUCCAAGACCAAAAUUGUGUGCCAUUUUUCUACUCUUGUGUUGACCUGUGGGGAGCUACACACCCUUCAAAUAGUACCCCGAGAUGAGUAUGACAACCCUACCAACAAUUCUACGUCCUUGAGAGAUGAGCAUAAUUACUGUUUGUCCAUUCAUGAGCUAGGUCCUCAAGAAGAAGAGAAUACUGGAGUUGCAUUUGAGAAGUCAGUGACAUCCAACAGGCAGACCUGCCAGGUGUUCUUGCGACUCACCCUCCAUUCUCGAGGUUGCUUCCGUGCUUGCAUUUCAUACCAAAAUCAGCCAAUCAGUAAUGGAGAAUUUGACAUUAUUGUCCUAAGUGAGAAUGAGAGAAAUAUCGUUGAACGCAAUGUGUCCACUUCAGGAGUGAGUAUUUACUUUGAGGCUUAUCUUUAUAAUGCUACCAACUGUACCAGCGCACCAUGGCACCUUCCACCCAUGCAUAUGAGCUCUUCACAGCGCCGGCCCUCCACUGCUGUGGAGGAGGAGGAUGAAGACUCACCUUCAGAGUGCCACACCCCUGAGAAAGUGAAGAAACCAAAGAAAGUGUACUGCUAUGUAUCACCAAAGCAGUUCUCAGUGAAGGAAUUUUACUUGAAAAUCAUUCCCUGGCGCCUUUACACUUUCCGAGUAUGCCCAGGAACUAAAUUUUCAUACCUUGGCCCUGAUCCUGUUCAUAAACUCCUCACACUGGUGGUAGAUGAUGGCAUUCAGCCUCCUGUGGAGCUCAGCUGUAAGGAGAGGAACAUUCUUGCGGCCACUUUCAUCCGCUCCCUACAUAAGAACAUUGGAGGCUCUGAGACCUUUCAGGACAAGGUGAACUUUUUCCAGAGAGAACUCCGGCAGUUACACAUGAAAAGACCACAUUCCAAAGUCACCCUGAAGGUCAGCAGACAUGCCUUGUUGGAAUCGUCUUUGAAGGCCACUCGAAAUUUCUCUAUCUCAGAUUGGAGCAAGAACUUUGAAGUGGUUUUUCAGGAUGAGGAAGCUCUUGACUGGGGAGGGCCUCGUCGGGAAUGGUUUGAGCUAAUCUGCAAAGCACUCUUUGAUACCACCAAUCAGCUCUUCACCCGAUUCAGUGACAACAACCAAGCAUUAGUGCAUCCCAAUCCUAAUCGCCCAGCUCACCUGCGCCUGAAGAUGUAUGAGUUUGCGGGGCGGCUGGUAGGCAAGUGUCUGUAUGAGUCCUCUCUAGGAGGAGUCUACAAGCAGUUGGUCCGAGCUCGUUUCACCCGUUCUUUCCUGGCCCAAAUCAUAGGACUACGAAUGCAUUACAAGUACUUUGAAACAGAUGACCCUGAAUUCUACAAAUCUAAAGUUUGUUUUAUUCUCAACAAUGACAUGAGUGAGAUGGAACUGGUCUUUGCAGAAGAAAAAUAUAACAAAUCAGGUCAACUGGAUAAGGUUGUAGAACUCAUGACAGGUGGAGCUCAAACCCCAGUCACCAAUGCAAAUAAAAUCUUCUAUUUAAACUUGUUGGCCCAGUACCGGCUGGCCAGUCAAGUGAAAGAGGAGGUGGAGCAUUUCCUAAAAGGCUUGAAUGAGUUGGUCCCUGAGAACCUUCUGGCUAUUUUUGAUGAGAAUGAGCUUGAGUUGCUGAUGUGUGGAACUGGAGACAUCAGUGUGUCUGACUUUAAAGCCCAUGCAGUAGUUGUUGGUGGUUCAUGGCAUUUCAGAGAAAAAGUUAUGAGGUGGUUUUGGACUGUGGUUUCCAGUCUAACCCAGGAGGAGUUGGCUCGUCUGCUUCAGUUCACAACAGGUUCUUCUCAACUACCACCUGGAGGCUUUGCUGCCCUCUGCCCCUCAUUUCAGAUUAUCGCGGCUCCAACCCAUAGCACGCUGCCUACUGCUCACACGUGUUUUAACCAGCUGUGCCUCCCUACGUAUGACUCAUAUGAAGAGGUGCACAGGAUGCUGCAGCUGGCCAUCAGUGAGGGUUGUGAGGGCUUUGGCAUGCUCUGACCACUCUCCUGUUGCCAGCUUGGCACCCAUGUUCUCUGGAACAUCUGGGCGCAUGUUACAGACAUAAUCACUGACCCUGACAUGCAUAAUCAUCAGCCAGAAGAUGCCGCAUGCUUCCGUCUGUCUGGAUUCUUUUGUCACCUACAAGCCUUGUCCUUACCUCACCCUUCCCUGCCCACAUGCAGCACAGGCCACUUUGGCAUGGUACCUAAACUGAGCUCUCCAAUGGCUAAUGAGAAAAAGACCAUGCUCCUGUCAUAUGAUUUUGUUCUUUGAAGAUUUCAGAAGCUGAAGAGUCAGCCUCAGUGGCUAAAGAUAACACACCCGACUCAGCUCUGUUGGGAAGCAUAUGUGCGGAGAGUCUUAAGUCAUACCUGUCUUUAGCUCCCUGUGCUGAUGCUCCUGGAAGGUUCCCUCUUGGCUCCCACUGCUGGGGCAGGUGAUUGUUUCUUCCCAUCAGCAGCCAGGACAAGCACAGAGAGAAAGUGGUCCACCUGAGAAGUCUUUGAUUUUCUUUGCCCAUACAAUGCAGACGCAGACCAUGGCACUGCAUUACCUCUCAUGAGAACUGAUGGCACAAAGGAAAUUUUUAUAUUAUUUCCCUUUUCUUUCUUUUUAAUGUCAGAACUGGAAAAAACACUUUCCCUGCAGGCAGUUCUGGAAAUGAUCAUUAAUCCAUAAAGAAGAACUUUGUGAGCUUUUUCUUAAAUUUGAGCCAUGAAAAAAGCAGUCAGACAAGAUGUGAAGGACAGCUGGGCUGUAGCCUGCAGUGUAGAACAUAAUUCUUACUUAGAGUGAGGGUUAUGUCCAAGCACAUGGCUGACUUGAAGACUACUAAUGCUUUCCCUGAGUUUAUUCUUUGCACUGACGUGUGUCUUGGCCUGCCCAUUGACCUCCAGGUUAUAGUCUUAACAUCUGGAGAGUCUUUAGCAUUCUGCUGAAGAAAGUUUGAUAGCAGAAGCGUGGGACAGUAAGAACAUGCCAGCAACUCCUUAUCCUGCUUAGUGUUCCCUUACAGCACUGAGGCAAGGCCAAAAUGAUCACAGGUCCCUGGUCAGGCCACAUAGGGCACAGAAUGGAGGAGAUAUGUUAGAUAGAAGAUAACUACUCAUCGCAGGUACUUCCCUUGACUACAUCAGUUACCAGGAAGGGGAGCCAUACAGGGAGGAAGCCACUGUUUUAUUAAGUUCACUAUGGAGUAUUGAUUGAAAUGAAGCUACCAUCUCUUAGAAGAUGAGAACAUCUUUUUUCAUUACUCUUUGAAUGAAAACAAUUCUAAGGAUCACCAUCACAUCACCUUCCCAGAUUUCUGGUUUUUAAGACAGCUCUGCUGCAAGCUACCAAUUCCAAUGGGACACUCAGCUCUGAGACUAUUAUAAGCCAUCUUUAUUGCCAAAACCAGCAAGUACACAGAGUCCUGAGACAAGGCAGGACUUGUGGCAAUGCCUUGGCCUCCUGGAAGCAUGUCUGAGCCCUCCUGUUCCCAGGGAUUAUGAGGAACAAGCCCUCCUGAGCUGCUACAGUUUCUGCCUGACCUCACUUCUUUGUAGUUACCAUUCGUCCUUCUUGGCAUGGGUGCUGACCUCACUCAUCUUUGGGGUUUGGAUCCAUCAGGGCCUCUGCACCCCAGGAUCCUCCAUGCCACAUGGUCACUGCUCUCCUCAGGGACCAGGACAAGGUGCUGCUGCUUGUCCACAUUUCCCCCCCAUGGGAUAUAUAUGGGAAAGUUUGGUCAUUAUCCUGUCACCCCUCAGGCCUACAUAGGGGUUUCCAACUGGGGCAUGUGGGCUGGUUCUGCUGGUUUUGACAGUUUUCUUGGAUUCUGCAUCCUCACACCCACCCCUUUCUCCAGACAGCCCUACAGUGACUGAUGCUGGAGAUGAGUUGGUUUUCUUAGCUAUAUCUGUCAUUUGAAGCCUAGUCAUAGCACUUUUUCAGUGUAUCCUUGGCACCACUGCACCCUACCUGGGGAAGCUGCAUCCCUAGGGUGGUCUGUAGGUACCAGAGACUAUUUAACAAAACCCUUUGAUAAGCUAGGCAUUGUGACACAUGCUGAUAAUCCCAGCACUGUGGGAGCAGGGGAAGGAGGAUCACAGGUUUGAGCCCAGCUUGGGCAACCUAGCAACUUAGACCCUGUCUUGAAAAAUAAUACAAAGAGGUCUGGGGAUGUAGCUCAGUGUGAAGACCCUGGGUUCAAUCCCCAGCACUACAAAAAAAAGCAAAACCCUUUGGUACUGCUGUGGUUUUCUAUUCUUCCAGUUUACCGUCUCUCUUCCCCAACUCUGUUCAAAAGUGUCAUUGCUCUUUUUGCCCUGUUGCUGUACUCCGCCCCCGUCCAGUCCUGCUUUGGUUCUAACCAGUGUGGGGGAAAAGAUACAUGUUAGUGAGAGGAAGAACGUGUUAUUUGAAGGGGCAUUUUUCUGUUCAUGUUUCUUAUUUUGGUCAGUUCUUGUAUUUGUGCCCUUGUGGCCUAGAUAUGUGAGAAGCCAGCCACCCUCCAGGCCUUUUAAUGUCUUUGAAGAAGACCAGGCCUCAUGUGGACACUAAGGAGAAUGAUGGCAUGGUUCCAGAAAUUUGGCAGAGACCAAACUCUGUUGCACAUGUAAGGCCAGGUGAGAGGACCUGGCAUUUAUAGCUGGUACUGUAAAUAUUUUGUACAAUAAAUAAAUGAAUGUCUAAAAGAAGAA